AUGGAAGCACAAUCUAAUCUACCGGACGGGGAUGAAAGCCAUUCGCAAGGUGGAAUGCCUCUUCGUUUCCAUCCGGAAGAGCCGUCAGUUUCCUCGUCCAACGCACCAGCACUGACUAGUACACCGUCAUCACAACAUCCACCGCGGCCGACCCUCCCCACUAAUAGCGGAGGUACUGACUCCGAUAAAAAACCACUACUUCCCACCACCAACGCCAGCAAAAAGGUUGCCAUCCCGCGACAGCGCUCCGGGGCCGCCCCACGCUAUGCUCGUCGUGUACCUUUGGCCUGCGAAUCUUGUCGGCAUCGCAAAACCAAGUGUAGUGGGGAUACGCCAGUGUGUAGGCAGUGUAAGGAGCUGCGGGUUAGCUGCCGAUACCCGAUCUCCUGGCGCGAACGGACCAAGACGCAAUUGAAUAAGCUUUCUACCAAGACCUCCGAUUAUGAAAACCUCCUGCGGGACCUAAGUACCGUGGUGGACGGUCGCGCUGCCGAGCGAAUAAAACUUGUUUUAGAGAAGCAUUCAGGUAGUGAAAGCACCGCGACGUCCACCGAAGCACAGUCGAGUUCCGUAACGCCGCAGGACGAAUAUGCAGACGAUGACGUAUCUUCAAAUUCAUCAAUCGGAUCGCUGGAUGCAAUAGAUCGUGUCGAGGAGGAUGUGAACCGAACCCCGAGUUCCCGAGCCACAGGCUAUAUGGGCAAGAACUCGGAGGUCAUCUGGAUGCAGCGAGUGCGCAAGGAGGCCGAACAACGUUCACGCAGAUUGCCAGGCUUCUACGACGCGGACCGAGAUAGCGAUUUCGCGAUUCAUUCGGUCAAUUACCACCUGGACGACAUGGACAUUUCUGUUCCUGGGCCCGUGCAUGUGUAUUGGAUGCCGCCUCGGAAAGUGGCCGAUCAGCUUUUUCAGGAUUACCUGGAGACCGUGCACCCAUUCUUUCCAAUUGUCAACCGCACCCUCUUUUCCGCACAAUACAAAACCUUCUUCGAUAGCGCCGCUCGGCCCGGAGACAAGUGGCUAGCCAUCCUAAAUAUGAUUUUCGCCAUCUCCGCCAAGCAUGCCCACCUGACGCAGGCGCCCUGGCGCGGAGAUGACAAUGAUCAUCUGGUCUAUCUCACUCGAGCCCGGAUUCUUAGCAUGAACGGAGACGUGCUAUUCAGCCAUCCUGAUCUUCAGCAGGUUCAGGUGGAAGGUUUAAUCGCAUAUUAUUUACUCUCUACGGACCAAAUAAACAGGGCGUGGAGAAUUGCAGCUCUGGCUGUACGGUCUGCUAUUACAUUAGGACUCAACAUGAAGAACACCAGCGAAAACACGGCUAAAAUCUCUAAAGAAGCACGCUACCGGGUCUGGUGGUGUUUGUAUACAUUUGAGCACAUGUUGGGUAUCAUGACAGGACGGGCUUCGUGCGUCACCGAUGGCAUCUGCACGACACCAUUGCCACUUCCUUUCGAGGAGGAACAGCUCUCGGAGCCGGCUGCGACAAGGCUCCUUAACAACCUAGAUAUUCGUCAAGACUACAUCGAAUCCGCCCUUGCUUCUUCAUCCGUUCGCCUGAUGCCAUCUAAUCCCCGCGGGGGCAGAGAAGCUGAAGCGUCAGAUCAAUCGCGCGAUACCUCGUGGCUGCGAAAUCUGCCCCCGAGCAGCGCCCUGGGCUUUCUCUAUUAUGUCGACCUCGCGGUCAUUGCACAGGAAAUUGUCAAUCGGGUAUAUUCACUCGAUUGUAUUUCCAUCCCAUGGAGUCAUAUUGAGAACCGGAUUGGUGAACUUCGGUCUCGGAUUGACCUUUGGCACCAAAAUCUCCAUGAAGCGUACAAUUUCUCUCGACCUGAGGACCAGAGCACGGAUGUAAUCCGUGUCAAGCUAUUCCUUGCUUUCCACUACUAUAGCGCGCGAAUUACUCUGGGACGGCCAUGCCUCUGCCGUCGCGACGCAAGGCAAACGGCUGCUAGCAAAAAGCCAACCUUCAGCCACGAGAUGGCGGUUGUAACCUUGGAUUCUUCUCGACGUAUGCUCGACUUGAUGCCGGAUGUGCCAGACGCAGCCCGUCUUUACCAGGUAUGCCCCUGGUGGUGUAUUCUGCACUACUUGAUGCAAGCGACCUCGGUCCUACUGUUGGAGUUGUCCUUUGGUUGUAUUCACAAGCCAGAGGAUGAGAUGAACUUUUUGGAAUCUACAAAGAAGGCUAUCCGUUGGCUCUUUGCGAUGGCACAGAAUAGCUUGGCAUCUCGAAGAGCGUGGGAAUUGUGUUUUGGUAGUCUCCGGCAGAUCGCCUAUGGGAUGGACUACGAUAUCAGCGAUAUGCCCGUCUUUGGAUACGACCCUCGGCCACAUGACGUGACCCAACCUGGCCAACACCAAGCCGGACAGACUGAUAACUCAGGUCCCGUUUUUUACACAUCUGCUGACAUGAAUCAAUCUUUUGUUGCGUCGCAAGUGUCCAAUUUGCACCAUGAUUCUGGAUUGUCACUUACCAUGAACCCUCAGGAUCCACAGCAGCAGCAGCAAUACCAACACCAUCAACAACAGCACUCGGGCAUGCAAAUGAGUUUCAUGCCUUCCGACCCCAGUCCCGGUGGCGAUGCAUAUUUUCCGUAUGAUCCAAUCAGCGGCGAAUUCAUUCGCUCUUUCUUCCCAUCCUCCGGGGAUGAGGAUCAACCAUGGGGGUGA